UGACAGCUGCCGGGGGCGGCGGGAAUAGCCCCGGGGGCGGGUAUGGCGACGCCGUCUUGAGCGCGGCCCGCUCCCUUCUCGCCACUCCCCCCCCCCCCCAGUCCCCGCUGUGCGGGGCUGGGCCCGGAGCCGCAGCUCUCCCGCCCGCCGCAUCCGCAGCUCCUGCCGCCCCGCCCCUGCCAGGCAGCAGCGCCGGGGCCGGCAGGAGCAGCGCCGCUCCGAGACAUGUGGGGGUCCCGGCCCCGCCAAGCCUUGCAGCCCGGCCCGGGCCUGGCGGCCGCUCACUAAGCAGCCUGGCCCCCUCUCCGCCGGCAUGAAAAGCCCCAAGGAGGCCGCGGACUCGGAGCCGCCCUCAGCUGACUAUGUCCAGUUGCAAGUGCCAGUUAUUCAGCAGUUGUACCAUUGGGACUGUGGGCUAGCCUGCUCCAGGAUGGCAUUGCAGUACCUGAAUCGUUUGAAUGAGGAGGAAUUUCAGAAAGCCAUCCGGGAACUCCGGUUAACAAAGAGUAUCUGGACCAUUGACCUGGCCUACCUAAUGCGGCACUUUGAUGUUAAACAUAGGUUCUGCACACAGACACUUGGAGUGGACAAGGGCUAUAAAAAUCAGUCAUUCUACAGGAAACACUUUGAUACGGAAGAGAACAGAGUGAACCAGCUAUUCGCCCAAGCCAAAGCCAGCAAGGUGCUGGUGGAGAAGUGCACAGUGACUGUCCAGGACAUUCAGGAGCACCUGUCCCAAGGUCAUGUAGCCAUUGUCCUGGUGAAUGCAGUCUUGUUACUGUGUGAACUUUGCUCAAGUCCUGUCAAAUAUUGCUGUUUCCUCCCUAUUGGCCAGAAGUGCUUCUGCAGGAAUCCUGACUACCAGGGCCAUUUCAUUGUAUUGUGUGGCUACAACAAAGCCUCAGGGAGUGUCUACUACAACAACCCUGCCUAUGCUGACCGAACAUGCAGCACCAGCAUAAGUAACUUUGAGGAAGCCAGGACAAGUUACGGCACAGAUGAGGAUAUCCUGUUUAUCUACACGGACAGCUGACAUCCAAGCUUGCUGCUUUGUCAUUUCUGGUGCAGUCUGCCCAGCACCCGCAUGGCAGCUGGCUGCUUGUCUCAGGACUCUUACUGCAGAGACUUAGCUCCUGAAUUGCAGUGGGAUCUUAAACAAGGGAUGCUUUAUAGACAUUCAUACAAAUAUAUUGCAGUGUUGUCUUCAUCUUUUUAUUCCUGAUGAUGAACUAUCUGAUGUUGCAAUAUAUAACACAAACACAUUUUAAUUUUAACGUUGCACAUUUGAGAGCAGUUUCAAAAUGCAAUCCCCUCAGAGUCCAACUCUUACAGUUGGCUAUGAGCUUGUUUCUGAAUUAAAGACUUGAAAUAAAAUACACCAAGUACACAUUUAAUCUUCACUUGGAAAUUUGUGCAGUUUCAGCUACACGAAGCAAGAAAGGAAAAAGAGGAAAUACAUAUUGGUUUGCCUUCAAAACUGCCAGAGCUGAUCUUCAUUCAUGAUUUAAUGAUCAGAAGGGUGUAGAUAGGAUAAAUGAUUAACCUGCCCCAUGAUUAUUUUUUUUCAAGGAAGAAAAUGAUUGGUCAGCUGUUGACAUACUGUGGCAGAUCCUAUCAGCAUUGCCUGCAUAAUGGGAAUGAAAUACCAUUUACGAAGCAAGCUUCUUGUGUAAACCCAGCUUGACUGCUCUCAACACCUGUACCUGGGAGUUGAGUUUGCAGUUUGGACUUAUUGUCAGUGGAGGAUCAGUCUUCCUGCUAAGGGCUAUAGGCUACUCCUUCCAAGUAGUAAGCACCGCACCUAGUGUCAUUUUGCCUACUGAGUUAUCUUGCAUGAGUUAAGACGUCUCUAGGAAUGGCUUGACCAAAGUUCUGUGUUGCCCCAAAAGGGUGACUGGUGACAUUUUAUUUGGGUCUAAGAAAUUUUAAGUCUGUAUGCAAAGGCUUGGAAACAUCUUUCUGCCCACAACACUCUCCCUCUCUCUCUGCAGUAUCCGGGGAUCAAGUCUAGGUACAGUUUUUAAACUGUUGAUUAAGCAAAUGCACUAAGUAAGUAGCCACCGAAGCACUGAGGGUUUAUGCCUGGCAUGCAGGGGGUUGCUUUAAAUGUCUGGCAGGAGAAAGAAAAGAUUUUGCCCAAAGCCUGUAUUGUAAUUUGAGGUUAAACGUUUGUUGUUGAGAUUUAUUGAGGGAUUUCCCAGGAAUAGAUACUGCCAGUAGCCCGGCUCAGAACUCUGCUUCUAAUUGAGAAGGCAGGGAGAACAAACUUCUCUUGGCUGAAGUCCAAAGAUGUUAUAGCAGGAGUCCAGACUUUCUACCUCUUCUCACUCAGCAGCUGUGUUUUGGAAUAAGCAGCAGGGUCCUCACUGCACUCUGAUGCUUUAAGCUAAACUGUAAGAUUGCAGCAGGCUGCGUGCAGCCCCUUGAACAUAUUAUCUGGGAUCACCUGCCUGGCAGAGAAGCACUGAAGUGUAGGACAGAAUUCAGCUUUGUCCUUACACUUCCUACAAAUUUUGACUCCCAGUCUCAUCGCCUCUUGAAAUUUAGCUUUAUGACUUUAACUACAAUAUAAAUGUGCUUGAUUUUAUACUUAGCCUUUUCAGCUGAGAAUUCAGAUAUGUACAAUUGACUUCAAGACACGCUAGCAAACACUUUGGGCCCAAAAUCUGGUCUACUCUAAAAUUAUAACUGGUUGGAACUCACCUCCAAAUUCUAAAUGAUUUUAAAAACAAAAGAAAAAAAGUUGCUAUCGAUGUAAGCACUAUAACAUUAUGUUUUGUACCUAGACAACCAGCCGAGGAGACACAUCUUAAACCCAUUUCCUAAAGCUGUAAUCCUUGAUGGUGCAGCUAGUAAAUACAAGGCACCCUUUCUGGUGAAAACAGUGUACAGGGAGUCAGUGUUUAGCAAUACACUAAAGGAUAAAAGUUGUAAGGAAAAACAUUUUCUAAUCUAGGUGGCUUGCAAACACUGGAGAGUACCCAAAAAGUACUUGACAGGGUAUGUUCAAUAUAAGUUAGAGUGCUCCUUUCUUCAGUGCCUGAAAUACAGUGGUAGGUGAGUAGAAAUGCAGUUCCUUUGCAAAAUCUGAAAAACGAGUUUGAUGGAAACUUGUCUUCAAUCAGAACUAAUUUACAGCAGGUGUGGCUGGAAUGCACUGAAGCACCCGCUGCAUGUGAAGAUGACUGGGAAUUAGGAUACAAGUCAUUGGCUGACAGAACGGAAGCAUCAGCAGUUCCAUUACAAUCACUGCAGAGGCCCUGUGGCCAAAACCAGUAACAGGCUUUGCCUUAUAAUGCCUACAAAACUGGCUAAGCUACCAGCUGGCCACUGACUUAGAGAAUUGUAUGUCCAAGUCCAUUUGUGUGUAAUGCUUCACUGUGAAGGAUUUCUAGCUAUGUUACUAAUAACACAUCUGUAAACUAACUAGUCAAUAUCUUUUUUUAAUCUGUGCUUUUUUUCCCAUCACAUAACUCCUCCAAUAUAAUUUAAUCACCAUGGAAUUUAUUUACUGAAAAGGGUGUGUUUAGCCCAAUGAAAAUCGUUCUUACAGAGGGGUUAAGAGUAAUGAUAUGUUGCCAUACAGCUGGUUUGAGCUGGACUGUAUUUGGUUCUGGUGUUCAGAUUCUGGUUUUGAACCAACUUGAGAGCAGACAUUACACUGCAUGUAUUCAACUCAAAGACAAAAUGGAAUCUUGUCUCAUUGUGAGAAUACCUAACGUAAAUGAUGGAAGCAUAUAUAUGGGUGUAAUCAUUUUUACUGCUGUUUGGGUUAAGAAAUAUUUGGGUGGCUGGGUUUUAAAUAGUUAAAUGGAAUUUAAAGAUUAAAUUACAGCUGAUGAAGUGACAAAGAAAACAGGAGCCCUUCACUGCCACAUGAACUCCUACAGCCAAGGAAAACAAGUUGAAGACUGCCCUGGAAAGUGAGCCUAGAGAGAAGAGGUGAAGGCCAUAUUUGAGUAGAGCUGAUAUUGAGAAGGUAUGAGUCAAACGUUAGGUUAAGAAAGAAGUUAAUUGGGCAAAAAUAAAGAAUGUCUAUCUUUUUUCAAUUAGAAGUUUGCUUAUCAAAAAGUUCACCCUGAGAAUGUUUCUGUGUAAUACCUUGUUUUAUUCAUAUUGUCCACAGCAAAGAAAGGGAUAUUUUACAUGCAGAGAAAUUUUAUACAUAAAUAUAUUUUUUCUGUAAUUGAGCCAUUCUCAAUAAAGGUUUUAAGUGAACCCUAUA